UAAAAACAAUAAAGAUGUGUCUAGCCUGCAGUCAGAUAGUAGAAGAAGCAGCAGCACCAGUAGUAGCAAUAGUAGUGUGGUGUAGCAAUAGUAGUGUGCACUGUGAUUUAGCACUUUGAUUUAGCACUAUGGCACACAAAGGGAAAGCUACACCGUGGCGUAGUUGGAGCCUUACUUCAGCGUUUCUGCUAGUCUGUUUAGCACCCCUGACACAGUCGUACAAUUUGAGAAAAGCACUUGGCAGAAAUAGAGAAAAUGGUCAUGAAGGAAAGAUUCUGUUUGGUUACUUCUUUGAGAAGGGGCGAACUGAUCUGCCAACAAGUAUACACGCCAACUGGAAUGUUACCUCCUCUGCAGAAGAUGCCAUCGGUUAUCAAAAAGACUGGUCCGGGUGGUUCCAUGAUGAUCCCAGUGUACAAUGGAAGCACAUGGAGCUGUCGGUUCAAUGUGGUGCUUACCAGAUGAAGCUCGUAGCGAGGGAGCCAGAAGCGUCACAGUUGCAACUGGUCCAAAAAAACGCCAAGUCGCUUCCCUUGACUCAGCUCCCUGAAACCUGUGGCUACUCAAUCAGUCGAAACAAUGUAAUGCUUGUAAUGGUGGCCUCAUAUGACGGCUGUACAAUGAUGCAAGAGGACGGACGCUACAUCCUACCAAUGCUUUGGCAAAGAAGGCAUAUAAUGCUCUCGUGCCCCAUAAAAGAAAUGCCUCCAGCACCACCUACGUCUCCAAGACGACAAAUGUCACCUAAACCAGCAGCCUUGCCCUAUCCAUACAACCAGUGGGCUAUGAUGCCUCCCUUCAACAAUUAUCCAUAUGGACAACAUGUAGUGCAUCAAGAGCCAGCCGAGACUGAGCUCUCUACUACACAAGAGCCCACGACGACAUCGCCAACACCACCCAAGGAGCAGCCAGCAAAAAGCCCACCUGCUUCUAAACCAGCUGGCUAUCCCCCUCCCCAUCCACAGUACCAGUGGGAUAUGAUGCCUCCCUUCAAACACUAUCCAUAUGGACAACAUGUUGUCCAUCAAGAGCCAGCCGAGACUGAGCUCUCUACUACACAAGAGCCCACGACGACAUCGCCAACACCACCCAAGGAGCAGCCAGCAAAAAGCCCACCUGCUUCUAAACCAGCUGGCUAUCCCCAUCCACAGUACCAGUGGCAUAUGAUGCCUCCCUUCAAACACUAUCCAUAUGGACAACAUGUAGUGCAUCAAGAGCCAGCCGAGACUGACCUCCCUACUACACAAGAGCCCACGACGACAUCGCCAACACCACCCAAGGAGCAGCCAGCAAAAAUGUCCCCUAAACCAGCUGCCUUGCCCUAUCCAUACAACCAGUGGCUUAUGAUGCCUCCCUUCAACUAUUAUCCAUAUGGACAACAUGUAGUGCAUCAAGAGCCAUCCAUGACUUACCUCCCUACUACACAAGAGCCCACGACUACACCGCCAAAACCACCCAAGGAGCAGCCAGCAAAAAUGUCCCCUAAACCAGCUGCCUUGCCCUAUCCAUACAACCAGUGGGCUAUGAUGCCUCCCUUCAACUAUUAUCCAUAUGGACAAGUGCAUCAAGAGCCAUCCAUGACUUACCUCCCUACUACACAAGAGCCCACGACUACACCGCCAAAACCACCCAAGGAGCAGCCAGCAAAAAGCCCACCUGCUUCUAAACCAGCUGGCUAUCCCCAUCCACAGUACCAGUGGGAUAUGAUGCCUCCCUUCAAACACUAUCCAUAUGGACAACAUGUAGUGCAUCAAGAGCCAGCCGAGACUGAGCUCUCUACUACACAAGAGCCCACGACGACAUCGCCAACACCACCCAAGGAGCAGCCAGCAAAAAGCCCACCUGCUUCUAAACCUGCUGGCUAUCCCCAUCCACAGUACCAGUGGCAUAUGAUGCCUCCCUUCAAACACUAUCCAUAUGGACAACAUGUAGUGCAUCAAGAGCCAGCCGAGACUCGCCUCUCUACGACACCGGAGCCCACGCCGCCGCCGACGACACCAGAGCCGGCGACACCGGAGCCGACGAAGCCGCCGACGACACCGGAGCCGAUGACACCGGAGCCGACGACGCCGCCGACGACACCGGAGCCCACGCCGACGACACCGGAGCCCACGCCGCCGCCGACGACACCGGAGCCCACGACGACUCAUCCUUCACCUGCUUCUCCAAAACAACCUACAGCUCGCUAA